AUGGAUCCAACCAAAUAUCUCUUCGAGAAACCAACAUUGACCAGAAGAAUGGCCAGGUGGUUAUUGUUACUGUCGAAAUUUGAUAUAACCUAUGUCAAUCAAAAAUUCGUAAAAGGGCGAGCAAUCUCAAAUCAUUUGGCGGCAUUUCCUGUGAAGACUGAUUCACAGUCGACGGAGGAUUCCUUCCCCGAUGAAGAUCUAUACUUGGUAGAAGAAGACCAAAAUGAAGGAUGGCAAUUAUAUUUUGAUGGAGCUACAAAUCAAAAGGGGUUUAGGGCAGGGGUAUUGCUCGUAACCCCAGAAGAUUUUUACUUACCCAUAGCGUUCCGAUUGGAAUUCCGUUGCACCAAUAAUAUAGCAGAGUAUGAAGCCUGUGUCGUUGGGUUGGAAAUGGCCUUGUCCGUAGGAGUGGAAAAGAUCAGAGUCUUCGGAGAGUCCUCUGUUGUAAUUUGUCAAAUUCAAGGGAAAUGGAGGACUAAGGACGAGAAGUUAAAGCCUUAG